UUUACUGGUAGAAUAUGUUUAUGAUGACCUUGGGUAAGUCACUUGCUUCUCAGCCUCCUUCUCCUCCUCCUAGGCUGGAGUUUGUCAACUUACAUCACGGGGUUGGAAUCCUGCUGUGUGCCGGGGUCUGGCAUCUGCCAUUUCAUCUGUGAGCUCGGCCAGGAUGAACAACUGAGAUGCAGAGACUUGAAGACCCAAGGCCAUAAGCUGUAGGUUGCCUGUGGAGAAGGGAAAGUGGAAUGCAGACAAAGGCUGUAAAAAGGGGGAAAACAAAACAAAACACCUUUCUGUGGAAAUAACACCGACCCCUGUGUCCCCAGGAAAUUGGAAUGGCAGCAGAAAACCUUUCAGCCAGACCCCAGGUUGGGAGGCAACUGCUACUGAAAGAUAGUGACUGUUUCCGAGACAUUACUCCAGGCAGCAGCUGGGGACAUUGCAGAACGCUUCGGUCUCUCGAUGACUGAUGAUGGUCUCCAGUUGCCAAAGAAGGUUGUGGAUACCACGAGACAGGUAACCACUCCUCACCCCCUGAAGCAGAAGCGGAUGCCCCUAGGAGCCCUCGCCGGCUGGCAGUAGAGAUGGCUGACUUCACUGGCUGUAAGGAGGCCGCCUCCAGCCGCCACCUGCGGUUUAAGUUACAGAGUCUCAGCCGCCGCCUGGAUGAGUUGGAGGAAGCCACCAAGAACCUCCAGAAAGCCGAGGAUGAGCUCCUGGACCUCCAGGACAAGGUGAUCCAGGCGGAAGGCAGCAACUCCAGCAUGUUGGCUGAGAUCGAGGUGCUGCGCCGGCGAGUGCUGAGGAUCGAGGGCAAAGACGAGGAAAUCAAGCGAGCCGAGGAUCUGUGCCAGCUGAUGAAGGAGAAGCUGGAAGAGGAGGAAAACCUCACCCGGGAGCUGAAAUCCGAGAUCGAGCGGCUUCAGAAACGAAUGACUGAACUGGAGACGCUGGAGGAGGCCUUCAGCAGGAGCAAGAACGACUGCACCCAGCUGUGUCUGAGCCUCAACGAGGAGCGAAAUCUGACCAAGAAAAUCUCCUCUGAGCUGGAGACGCUCAGGGUCAAAGUGAAAGAACUGGAAUCUUCCGAGGACCGCCUGGACAAAACCGAGCAGAGUCUGGUGUCAGAGCUGGAGAAGCUGAAGUCCUUGACAUUGAGCUUUGUAAGUGAGAGGAAGUACUUGAAUGAGAAGGAGAAAGAGAAUGAGAAGUUGAUAAAAGAGCUCACUCAGAAGCUGGAGCAGAACAAAAAGGCCAGCCGCGACCACACGCGCAACACCCCCCACCUGGAGAGGAACGCGGCCCUGCGCAUCGAGGACGGGCUCUCCCCGGCCCCGACCGGCAAGGAGUCCCGGCGCAAGGCCACGCUUGACUUCUUCAAGCAGGUGGAGAACGACGUGAGAAACAAGUCAGAGAACGAAAAGAACCGAAACCACGAAGACAACAAAGUCAAAGACCUCAACCAAGAGAUCGAGAAACUGAAGACACAGAUCAAACAUUUUGAGUCUUUGGAGGAAGAGCUGAAGAAAAUGAGGGCCAAGAACAAUGACCUCCAGGAUAAUUACCUAACUGAACAAAACAAAAACAAACUCUUAGCCAGCCAGCUGGAGGAGAUAAAGCUGCAAAUCAAGAAACAGAAGGAGCUGGAGAACGGGGAGGUGGAGGGGGAAGACGCCUUCCUGUCCAGCAAGGGCCGGCCCGAGAGGACUAAGUUCAGGGGCCACGAGGCGCCCGCGGCCCGCAGCACUCCUCGGGAGCAGAGCCCGCAGCCCCGGCGCGAGCGGCACCGCCACCGGGAGGCGCUAGGCAGCGAGAGCUCCGCCCCGAGCCACAGGCAGCUGUCCUCUCCCGGCCUCCCUGGCCGGCGGGCAGCCAGGGGCCCGGGCGCAGACCCCGGGGCGCAGGAGGCGCGCGGCUCUGCCCAGAGCGAGGGCAGGAAGGCCAGGGAGCAGCCGCCGGUGCUGAGCCGCUACCCGCCCGCGGCACAGGAGCACGGCAAGGUCUGGAAGGGGGCGCCCAGGCCAGCCCCCGAGGGCGCGCUGAAGGGGAAGGUGGAGAAGACCACGCGGACGUUUAACGACGCCGCCCACGCAGCGCCUCCCAAUGACAUUUUGGGGCGCGCUGACAAGACUGCCGACCCUUCCUCGGAGGCCCUCUUUGGCAAGAGGGGCCAGGCCCCCGGCAGCGGGAGUCAGGCGGCAGACACCGGUGCCUCCAGGGCCAGCUCCGCCCUGGCCUCGUCACGGAGGGCCUCCUCAGAAGGACUCUCCAAGGGCAAGAGGGCCGCCAACGGCCCAGAGGCCGAGGCCAGCCCCCCGAACCCCAAGGCCCCGCUUCUGUCCAAGUACCCCUAUGGCACCAAGAGCCAGGAGAACAUCCUCCAGGGCUUCUCCACGCCGAGUAAAGAUGGAGCUGACCCGCCUGUGGCCGUGGUGACGGAGGACAGUGGCACCCAUGAGGCGCUGAGGUGCCGCGUCAUCAAGUGCGGCAGCCGGGAGAAGCCAGACUCAGAGGACGACAUGGACACGGUGUCCCUGGUCACCGCCAAGCUGGUGAACACGACCAUCACUCCAGAGCCGGAGCCCAAGCAGCCGGCCAGCUUCAGAGAGAAGGCCAGACACCGGGGGGCACUUUGCGCCGCCCUGUUUGAAAGCGAUAAAGAGGUGGGGACAGACAGUGAACCCGUGAAGCCUGUCCGGGGCCCCGCCAACGCGGCCGAGUUCCCGGAGGCCAGCGGGGCCGGGGGGAAGAGCCAGCGGCCCAUCAGCCCCAGGGAGGCCUUGCGGUCCAGGGCCGUCAUCAAGCCGGUCAUCAUUGACAAGGACGUGAAGAAAAUCAUGGGGGGGUCAGGCACCGAGGCCACCCUGGAGAAACAGAAGCCCACCCCCCGAGCAGGGAUGAACAAGGUGAUGAGCAGCAUCACCAUCUACCCCUCCGACAGCAGCACCCCCAGGGCCGCCCCGGCUGAGGCCCGGCGGGAGAGACACACCUCCACCAGCAACAUCCAGGUCGGGGGUCCCGAGCUCUCGCCGCUCUGCAACCACGUCAGCUCUCCCUCGGAGCUCUCCAUCCACAAACACGACAUCACCUUGCAGUUUGCCGAGGCCGAGAGGGCGGGAGACGGGCCCCUGAGGGGCCGGCCCGAAACGGUGGUGUCGCGCAGCAGCAUCAUCAUCAAGCCGUCGGAGCCCCUGGAGAGGAACAGCCACGUGCCCCCCGCGGAGACAAUCAGGUGGAAAAGCCAUAACGCCCCCCUGGAGGUGGGCUCGGCCGAGGCCAGGCAUGUCACCGUGCGCAACGCCUGGAAGAGCAGGCGAGACUGGGACGCCCCGGAAGACCCCCCGAGUCGGGCGGGCAGACACGCGGAGUCCAGCCAUGCCUACACCCAGAGGUCGGCCACGGACUGCUCCGACCUCGAGCCCCCCAGGGCGGGCCUUGAGCAGGGUGCCCGGCGGGCGGGAGAGGCUGGCGGCUCCCUCGAGCAGGCCUCCAGGCGGACCCAGAGCAGCCUCACGCUGUCCGAGGUGCUCACACGCCGGAACGCCGGGGGUGCAGCCUGGAACCACUCGGCAGGCACGGAGGAAGGCGAAGACUGCACGCUCGGAGCCUGCAGGCGGCAGCACGAUUCCCUGGACCGGUCUGACCUGCCCCCCAGGCAGGGGCUGCCAGAGCCCGGGCGACCCCGCGCCGAGGACCGGCCGCGGCCCAGCAGGCCUUGUGCCGAGGAAAACUGAGCCAGCCGGUGAGGUCGCUGCCCUGUCCCUGCUUCCCACUCCUCCCUCGCGCCCUGCGCGGUCCGGGCCACUUGACUGUGCUGGAUGCUGCCGCGGCUGGAGACUGCGGCGGGGAGCUCGGGGGCUGGACGCGCCCAGUCUUCCCUGCACAUGCGUCCUCACCUCGUCCUGUCCCCAGCACAGGACGGACCCCUCUGGCCCCUGAAUGGGGCAAGAUAGAGAAACACUUUCAACAGCGCAGCUGUUCUGCUCCUUGGUGGGGGUCUGUGUCCUAGGCAGCCCGUUCUGGUUAAUGCUCUGACUUUCUAGUCUCCUCACUGCGUCCACUUCUCUCUCAGCGUCCACUUCUCUCUCAUCGCCCACUAAGACUUGCGAGCUCCCAGAUGCCUCGUGGGGCUUCCAUUCCUUUCCCUCAGAGUUCCUAAGGGGGUUUUUGUUAAACAGAAGGGGUCUGUGCUGCCUCUGGGGUGGUGGGACUGCUCUCUAGGUCAAAGCUGCUCUGGCCCGGCCCCUGGCUGACCAUACUCCCUGGGGCAGGGCACACGGGUACUCAUCUAUUGGAAUGACGCCCCCCACCCCUACUGCACCUGCCAAAGGCACAGACACGCACAUGCUCCUGCCCCUCCCUGGGCAGACUGCGCUGCUCUGCUCCGCCCUGAGACAGGCUCACAUGCUUCACCGUUUCCCCCUUAGAAGUGUCCCUGAUGCAGCAGACCCUGCCUCCUGCCCCCAAGGGGGUACCUGUUUGGGGGAGCAGAAGUCCUUUCCCCUUUACUCCUCCACAAGCAAUAACUCCAGGAGGUGUGGACUUCGCUCCUCUUCCUUCUUCCCCCACGGGGGAGGUACCGCACCUCACAGGCUGACGCACCCUCGGCGGAUCUUGGAUCUCCGGGCGGGAGGCAGCUGCACCUGCUCCCACCGGGCCCCAGGCACACAGAAUUCACAGCGCAGCAGACCUUUUAGGGCGUCACGUAACUACAAAGUGGUAGUUUCCUGACCAUAUGGGGGAGCUGAAAGGACCAUCUGUUCCUGGCAGUGCUUUACCCUCACUCAGCAGCCUCUGAGUUCGAAGUGAGUUCGAAGGCACCUGCUGUCAGAGCUGCCUCAGGAGCUUCGUUGCCUUCGUGGUGAAAGAGCGUCAGUCGGGGAAGCUGAGUUUCGCGGGUCUCACUUCCUUGCUGGGGCGCGUUGUCCUCCAGGGCCAGCCCCCGCUGUGAGGAGCCUCUGACACGGACGGUCUGUGGGCCCUGACACCGCCGCGUCCUCCUGGACGUCGGCGUCCACGCGGGCUUGGGGGCUGUCUUCUCUCCUGCCUUUGUUUGUUUUUCUGGACCGCUCCAGUUUUCCAGUCUGUAAAAUCAGGGGGUUAAGCUAGAUGUCUCUGUGGCCCUCUGGCGCCAGCCUUGCCCGACGCCGCUGCCCCCAGGCGGGGCCGCCUCGUUCCUCCGCCGCCUUUGCUGCUCCGGCCGCCUUGUCUGCGUCACCCCGUGGGGACCAGCGUCCACCCUUGUCUGCAUCAGACCGGGCCGCCCUGUUGGAGGGCUCGGGAGCACCUACCUUACCUUCAGGGACAGGAAUGCUUUGCUCAUAUUCCUCUUCUGGAAUUUAACCAGUCUAAGUGCAUUCUCCACACCCCUGCCUCAGAUGUUCAACUUGAGACACUCUUUGCAAGACCUCUUCCUGCUGCUUCUCCCAGGUCACUGACCAGAAACUUGCUUGCUCCGGGCUGCAAGCCCUCUCUUGCAGCGCCUUGCCAUUCUUCACUGGUUGGCAACCUUGAGAGUCCAAAGGAAACUGACCUCUGUGGUGGUCAACUGAGGAUCUAGGACACCGAGCCCGGGCUCUUCUCUACGGUGGGAACUGGACGUCACGCCACGCCACGCCUACAAGGUCUCACCAGCGAGUCUGGUCUUUGGGCUCUGGAACCCUGGAUUCCGGUGCUGUAGCUCCUGGUGCCAAAGUCUGCGUCUUUCCACAUUUCGGCAGCACCAGCAUCUGCCGCCACCCAAAAUGCCCUGUGGAAGGGGCACGGCUCUGGUGCCCUCCUGCCGGGACUGCCAUCUUAAAAGUCUGAGUGCAAUAGGGUUUGAUUGUAACAGUUACUUCAGGAUAUUUUGUUCCCUUAAUCUGCACACUUCCUCUUACCGCUGUAAAAUAGAUUUUGUUUUUAAACAUCCUCAGCAUUGCAGAAAAUACUGUUUGUAAUAGCAAGUGAAGGCUGGAGGCUCAGGUCCUCUGAGCUGCUAUUGGCUGGCAAGGCUGGCUCUCCAGUUCCAAAGUUGGAAGACACGUUUCUCAAAAGCAACCUCGAUGUGACCGUCUGGACCCAGGCCUCACCAUCAGGGGUUCUGGAGGAAACUUCCAAAUAAAAGGGAGACGUGGUAGUGGAACAGUUGCCUAAUUAAGCCAAAUAUACCUGCUGUCCCAACCAACAGGCCCACUCUCUGACACGCCUCUUCUGUAGCCUGGCUCUGGCUCCAGCGUUCCUGGCAGGUGUACAGCUGUGGGAGGGCUCUCGGUCAGGCUGGGAGCCCUGAUCUCCAGAGCUGCCUGGUUGGAGGGAGCAGCAGAGCUGGCUACGUGCCAGGAGCUGGUCUCUGCCACCUGCUGUCUCCCGUCUCUUGCCGCUUUGGUCCGAAAACCCACCGGAUUAAGCAAGCCACAGGGGUGGCGAGCAGAGCCGUGGCUGGGUCUGCCUUGGCGUGGCCAGGACGCGGGCCUGGUGUGGAUUAAGGGAUCCGCAGGGGGCCGGGCCCAACCUCGGCCACAGGCGAGCUUGCACAUAAAUUAUUCCCCUCAUGGGGUAUGUGGGGUCUAUAUUGAUCUUGAAUUGUCAUCCUGGGGCAGUUCUAGUUGUGUUUGGUAGGUCAUGCCAAGUGCUGCCACACUUCCGGGGAAGGAAGGAGGGACUCUCCCGGGGUCCCUAGCUGCCUUUGCUGGUGUGGGGCUUUGGUUGUCUCUGACAAGACUGCUGUGGAAGAGCUGCUCUUUGGGACUAUCUUUGAACACCCCGGCUGGGGAGCAGGGCUUUCCUGCAAGCCUCACAACCAAGAUCAUAGGAAAGGGGCCCUAUUUUCCUGCUGCUUCACAGCUCAGAACAUGUAUUAAAUGGAAUGUAUUUUUAAGAGAAUAAAGUCUAUUUUUUUGUAUUUUAAAGAUUGUGAGGGCUAGGAAGGUAGCCCUCAAACUGUUAUUGCAUCAUAGGUCCCUUCUUGGGGCAUCAGUAUCUGUCAGCCCACGCCUACUCGCUCAGGCAGGGCCUCACGCCUGCCUCUCCGAGUCUGGGUGCAGCAGCUUCUACAUUCCUGCUCUGGGCCUGGGACCGGGACCAAGGAGGCCAGAACGUGUCGGUGGAAACCAGGGCGAAGCCAUGAGCAGGGACUCAGGGCCCCUGGGGUGCAUGUGUAUAGUGGAAGCUGCCUGUCUGCAUGUAUCCUCGGCUCCAAUGCUGUCUGUCGGCUCUGCAGCACAAUACGUAACCAAUAAAGCUCCCUAGUUUCCAUGGACCGUGUGUGCGUGUGAUGCCGCUGUGCUGAUCGCCGCUGUG